AUGAGCUUCUUCAAGUCUUCGCAGCCGACGAUCUACAUUCCCGACACCCUCAGAAACUGGCCUUGGCCCAGGGAAAUUAACCCCCAUUACGAGGAAUGCAAGCGAGAGUCAGCCGCCUGGGUUGAGAAGUUCGGGGCCUUCAGCGCUAAGGCCCAGAAAGCGUUCAACAAAUGCGACUUCAAUCUUUUGGCCUCGCUUGCAUGGUCUCGAGUAAACCGCGACGGCUGCAGGAUUGGAUGCGACUUGAUGAAUUUGUUCUUCGUCUUCGAUGAAUGGUCGGACGUUUCCGACGCGGAAGAGACAAGACGCAUGGCCGACAUCAUUAUGGACGCCCUCUACGAUCCUCAUAAACCUCGCCCAACUGGAGAAUGGGUCGGUGGCGAAGUUACUAGACAGUACUGGCUUAACGCCAUCCGCACUGCUACUCCCUCUGCUCAGAAGAGGUUCAUCAAGGCGUUCAAGCUCUACACCGACUCUGUUGUCCAGCAGUCCGCCGACCGCGAUAAGCACCUCAUUCGCGAUAUCGACAGUUACUUCGAGGUCAGGCGCGACACUAUCGGCGCGAAGCCGUCCUUCGCCAUCAACGAGGUGCACAUGAACCUUCCGGACUAUGUUAUGGAGCACCCGGUCAUCAAGAACCUCACGGCAUACUGCAUCGACAUGCUUUGCAUCGGCAACGAUUUGUGCUCUUACAACGUCGAACAAAGCCGCGGGGAUGAUGGGCACAACCUUGUCACUAUCGUCAUGCACCAGCUCAACCUCGACGUCCAAGGCGCAUUCGAUUGGAUCGGAAAGCUCCACGACGAGUUAGUCGACAAGUUCCUCGAAGAAUACAAGAAUGUCCCUACGUUUAAGGACAAACAAGUCACCAAGGAAUGCGCUGAGUAUGCCUUCGGUCUCGGCAAUUGGGUCCGAGGAAACGACCAAUGGAGCUUCGAGAGUGAGCGCUAUUUCAGGAAAGACGGCAUGAGGGUCCUGACAGAGCGGACUGUCGUUCUCCUGCCCAAGAAGCGCGAACCGCCCCCGAAGCCCCUCGAUGAAGAUCCAAUCUACAGCGCUCUGCCGUGGUGGGGUUGGACGGCUCUCUUUGGAUUUUUGGCCACAGCCUUCACGUUCUCCGCCCGUCAACUCUCAACUCGUAUUUCGGCGAACCUCAUUGCUUAA